CACGGAGGCAGAACCAGUCGGCCGAGCCAGGUCUGUGAUUAGCGGUCAGCGCUGGGCCAAUUGGAAGAGUCGUUGUUAGGCGGCCCAGGAGAACCGGUCGGGAGGAAGGAGGCAAGAUGGUGUUGGAAAGCACUAUGGUUUGUGUGGACAACAGUGAGUAUAUGCGGAAUGGGGACUUCUUACCUACCCGGCUGCAGGCCCAACAGGAUGCCGUCAACAUUGUAUGUCACUCCAAGACCCGCAGUAACCCUGAGAACAACGUGGGCCUCAUCACACUGGCCAAUGACUGUGAAGUGCUGACCACCCUCACCCCUGACACUGGCCGCAUCCUGUCCAAGCUCCACACUGUCCAACCCAAGGGCAAGAUCACCUUCUGCACUGGCAUCCGUGUGGCCCAUCUGGCUCUGAAGCACCGACAAGGCAAGAAUCACAAGAUGCGCGUCAUUGCCUUCGUGGGAAGCCCUGUGGAGGACAGUGAGAAGGAGCUGGUGAAACUGGCUAAACGCCUCAAGAAGGAGAAAGUUAAUGUUGACAUUAUCAAUUUUGGGGAAGAGGAGGUGAACACAGAAAAGCUGACAGCCUUUGUAAACACACUGAAUGGAAAAGAUGGAACUGGUUCUCAUCUGGUGACAGUACCUCCUGGGCCCAGUUUGGCUGACGCCCUCAUUAGUUCUCCGAUUCUGGCUGGUGAGGGUGGUGCCAUACUGGGUCUUGGUGCCAGUGACUUUGAAUUUGGAGUGGAUCCCAGUGCCGAUCCAGAGCUGGCCUUGGCCCUUCGUGUUUCUAUGGAAGAGCAGCGGCAGCGGCAGGAGGAGGAGGCGCGGCGGGCGGCUGCAGCCUCUGCUGCUGAGGCUGGGAUCGUCACCCCUGGGACUGAAGACUCAGACGAUGCCCUGCUGAAGAUGACCAUCAACCAGCAGGAGUUUGGCCGCACUGGGCUCCCCGACUUGAGCAGUAUGACCGAGGAGGAGCAGAUUGCAUACGCCAUGCAGAUGUCCCUGCAGGGUGCAGAGUUUGGCCAGGCAGAAGCAUCUGACAUUGAUGCCAGUUCCGCCAUGGACACAUCUGAGCCUGCCAAGGAAGAGGACGACUAUGAUGUGAUGCAGGACCCUGAGUUCCUUCAGAGUGUCCUGGAGAAUCUUCCUGGCGUGGAUCCCAACAAUGAGGCCAUUCGGAAUGCCAUGGGCUCCCUGGCCUCCCAGGCCACCAAGGAUGGCAAGAAGGAAAAGAAGGAGGAGGACAAGAAAUGAGACUGGGCCUGCUUGGGUGGCUGCAUGGGGUGGGGUGGGAUGGAGGGUUAGAUACAUUAUCUGUAACCAUUACUGCCUAAAUAAAGCUUGGCAACUUUU